CAGCACACCUUCAAAUAUUCAUCUUUCACCACAGAGCUCACGCGAAGACCAGAUUGUUCGGCCCUCUUGAUGAGUGAUGCUCCUUGCAUCUGAGCGACUUGAAUCACACCAGAUGCCGAGAAGGCUUUUCGAGUGUCCAGUAUCACAGUUAAGAUGGCAACCGGACAAGGAUACGGACUCAAGAUCUUCCCAACCAAGAAGCCUCCACACGAUACUGAGUUCUGGUCGGUAUCAACGCUUCGGAGCGCUUUGAAACGUGGACAUCGUUUUCAAAAACGCGAUCGUCUUUGGCUAGGUGUCACGCUGGCUUCCAGCGUCUUGCAAUUGCACGAAACAGCCUGGCUUGAGGAGAAUUGGGGUAUCGAUAGCAUUUUUCUGAUUGAGCGUCUAGGUACGACUGCCUACGAUCACUUCUUCGUAUCGAGAUGUUUCGAUCAGGCCAGUAUUUGUAUGAAUGAAGCGGUCCCAAGAUCCAUCGCUCGAGUGAUCCGCAAUCAGACCUUGUUUGCAUUAGGCGUUGCUUUGAUUGAGCUUUGGUAUGGUCAGACGCUGGAUGAACUGCGGAUUCCAGCGGAUGAUGAGCAAUCUUCCACUACGCCCGAAGAAGCAGCUUUAUUGACCAGAUACAACAUAGCUGACAGAAUGGCUGAAGAGCUGGAGUUCGAGGCAGAUGUAUGCUAUAGUGGUGCAGUUCGGCGAUGCAUUCGGUGUACUUUCGAUGCGGGCAUCAACAAAUUUAACGACGCCAAAUUCCGGCGGGCCGUGUACCAGGGUGUCGUUAUGCAACUUCAGAAAACCUACGAGUUCACAAUAGGACAUGGCGAUAGUUGAUCGAAACGCCGCCCCGGGCUAGACUGCGGCUCUGUCUCGGGCGCAAUGUCAUCUUAACAUCAACAUCAGCUUUGGUGAAAUAAAACGCCGGCAGGUGUGCGGAGACAGGAAACGGUUGACAAUAUGCCCGUACUGGCAUCCCUAAAGCACACAUAUCUUAGUCUAGUUGGGAAAAGGGAAAUCUUAC